AUGAUAGAAGAAAUGAAAGGUAACUCACAUUAUUAUCAGCAGCGUGGUGCAGGGACGAGUAUGCUUCUAUUCACAGUAGUGUUCACAAUCUUUGUAAUGUUGAGCGCGAAUGUGGAGCCAGCGGAAUCCGUGAUGAGCUCCGCCGCCGCAAACCUCAACGCCACUACAGCCUCAAAAUGCGGCGGCGGCGGCACAGUCGCCGGCGCCGGCCCUGCAGACGGCGAAGAGUUCCUCAUGGAUUCAGAAAGCAGCAUAGACCAGAGAGACGAGGCAUUAGAUCAGAGAGAUGAAGCAGGCGAUGAAUUGCAUACGGUUCCAGUUAGUGAAGAUGUUGUUGUUGAUUCACCAAGUUCAGAUCCAAUAGAGUUAGACAUUGAUGGUUCUUCUUCUAAUCCAGUUGAUGAAGAUUUGGUUGGUGUUGUUGUAAGUAACGGGGUUGAAGCGUAUGAGUUGUAUAACAAUUAUGCAUAUAGAGUUGGUUUUAGUGUGAGGAAGGGUAAUCAACGGUGCAAGGUAUAUAGCAAAACAGUCCAAAUGAAGAUGUUUAUGUGUUCUAAAGCUGGUUUUAAGGUUAAGGCAAAUGCUGGUGUUAGGGCAUAUUCAAAAAUUGACACAAGGUCAGGGUGUGGUGCAUGUGUUCAGUUUGACGUCGGUGAGGAUGGGUUGUGGACGGUUACAAAACAUGUAAAAGUGCACAAUCACGAGUUAUGUGCUGUAGACAAGAGUCAUCUUCUGCGUUCACAUAGAAAUGUGGGUGAUAAUCAACUGUUAUAUUUAAAAGAUUUGAAGAAGAGUGGUGUUGCAAUGGCAGAUGGUAUUAGGUUCUUGAAACAUCAAGCAGGGGGGUCUCCAUUAGUUGGCUUCACUAAUCGAGAUGCUUAUAAUUCAAUUGCUUCUGAUACAUCAAAGCGUUUGGAUGGAACCGAUUCGAACUCAUUAAUUGAAAUAUUUAGGAAGAGUUGA